AUGCAUUCAACCUUUCAAGCAUUUCGUCAAGAUAUGUCCGGAGUACACAAUGAAAAAGGUAUAAUACCGAGUAUAACAGGUGUUCGACAAAAACAGGAUAUCCACUUUAAAGAAGACGCUCUAGAUAACGUUUCGAAAACUCAAAUUGGAAAUUACCAACGCAAUAAUACAGGCAAGAUGUCAAACGUUAUUGGAAGAUUAAAUAACAUCAGGUAUCGAAACAACGAAAAUAUUAAAAAUUCAGGAUGGAUGAAUUUAAAUCAUAAGCAGGAGCCAAAUCCAAAUGCGUUGCGACCAUGUGAUGAUAAAGAGAAAAGUGCUUUACGUGCACUUUCGAAUAAGCACAUUAGAAAAAGUUCAAGAAAUGAAAAGUUGUUAAAAUGGAUAGAUAGUCAUAAAAAUACUGAAGUUGUGAAUAAGAAUCAAGAUGUAAAUAGGACCGAAGUCAGCAACACCAUCUAUAAAUGGCAAAGCGGUCUUCGAGAUGAAAAAUCAUUUGAUUCAACUAAUAAAUUCACCACUGUAUUUGAUAAAAUUGAACAUGCAAUUUCGCCA